CUUGCUGCCCAGGCCAGGCAAGAAGCUGUCGAUGGUGUGCAUGAAGGGAAGCCAUGGGUGGUGGUCACCUCUCACCUCUGCGUGUGGCAGACGUGAGUGUUGCUUAAACCACAGCGGUUAGGAGCUCAGGCCCUGGAAUCAGAUGUUGGCUAAAUUUGUGGUUUUAAGAAAGCCUGACGGCCGGAGGGCAGCUCUGGGAGAAGCCCUUCCCAGGGGCACUUGGAACCUUCUGGUCCAGAGGAGAAGGUGUCCCCUCACCUGGACUUAUGACCCGCGGCUUCGCUCCCAGUCUACCCACUGAGUUCCACAAGAUGGGCUCCUUCCGCAGGCCCAGGCCGCGCUUCAUGAGCUCCCCGGUGCUCAGCGAUCUGCCCCGAUUCCAAGCAGCCCGGCAGGCUCUGCAGCUGAGCUCCAACUCGGCCUGGAACAGUGUCCAGACUGCCGUGAUCAAUGUCUUCAAAGGGGGCGGCUUGCAAAGCAAUGAGCUCUAUGCACUGAAUGAAAACAUCAGAACCAGCUUCUUGCAAAAGGCCUGUUGUUUGUGGAGGAGAAGAUUAAGCUGUGUGAAGGGCCAGGAGCUGACCAUCCGCCAGAUCUCCCUGCUGGGCUUCCGCGACCUGGUCCUGCUGAAGGUGAAGCUGGGUGAUUUGCUGCUGCUGGCCCAGUCCCAGCCACCCUCAUCCAUUGUCCAGAUGUUGCUCAUCCUGCAGAGUGUUCACGAGCCCACAGGCCCCAGUGAGGGUUAUUUGCAGCUGGAGGAACUGGUGAAGCAAGUGGUGUCUCCUUUCCUGGGCAUCAGUGAGGACCGCGGCGUCUUGGGUCCCACGUCCAUGUCAGUGUUCAGUGUUCAUUUUCCCGUGUCUGAUAGCCAGAAACUGGGCCUGAUUGCAACGCCCCCCACACACUUGAGUGGAAAAACCACCCGUGGUAGAUUUUCCCUUGAAAGCCGCUUGAAAUGGGAAGACAACUCGUUUGGUGUACGGCCAGAUGAAAUGGAGCUGCUGUUGUCCCCCCCUUCGCCGGCCCCUCCUUGUCCGUAGGUACCACCAGGGCCUGCACGCCAGGGAAAGGCGCUCCUGGACUGGGGACAAGUCCGGCUGGUGGCUCUAAAACUAGCAUCAGUGUCA